UACUGCGAACGCUUGAUGCGGAAUGAUCGCGACAGUAUUAUAGUGUAAUUAAUUAGUGGCUUGUUUUGAAAACAAAUAAUUGUAAAACUAUGGCUGAUAUAGAAAAAAUUUUAAAGCAAGCAGCAAUGCAGAUUGGAGCUGGUGGAAGUGCGGGGUUUGUAGAAGUGUGCAUCAUGCACCCUCUCGACCUUGUAAAAACAAGAUUACAGCUGCAAGCUAAAAAAUCUUCGGUUAAAAUUCCCGAUCCUCAUUAUUACAAUGGAAUAGUCGAUUGUAUGAAGAAAAUGUAUAAAUAUGAAGGCAUCACAUCAUUUUGGAAAGGAAUUUUGCCACCAAUUUUAGCCGAAACUCCCAAACGAGCAGUCAAAUUCUUUACAUUUGAGCAAUAUAAGAAAAUAUUCUUAUUCGGAUCCAGCACGCCAACUCCUUUAACGUUCGCGUUGGCUGGUCUCGGAGCAGGGAUAACGGAAGCGAUUUUAGUGAAUCCUUUCGAAGUUGUCAAAGUUACCCUCCAAUCAAAUAGGGCACUUGCGGCACAGGUCCCUAGCACAUGGACGGUGACUAGACAAAUCGUUAGAGAAAACGGAUUAGGUUUCAGAGGUCUCAAUAAGGGCUUGACUGCCACGAUAGCCAGGAAUGGUAUCUUUAAUAUGACCUAUUUUGGAUUUUAUCACAGCGUUAAAGGAUAUGUACCGGAAUAUGAGGAUCCCAUUUUAGAGUUUGGUCGAAAAGUAGCCAUCGGUUUUACAUCAGGUGUUCUCGGUUCAUGUGUAAAUAUACCGUUUGAUGUCGCGAAGAGUCGUAUCCAAGGACCGCAGCCGACUCCGGGCGUUAUCAAAUACAGCUCGACGACUGGUGCCAUCAUGUUGGUCUAUAAGGAGGAAGGGUUCCGUGCUCUUUACAAAGGAUUGUUGCCAAAGGUGCUUCGGUUAGGACCUGGAGGUGCCAUCAUGCUUGUAGUUUACGAUUAUGUAUAUCACUUUUUAGAAGAAAAGUUUCAAGACAAACCCCGGCCCUUAUAACAUAUACCUAUGUUUGCUAUUGAUAGUAGAAUAUUUGUGUUUACUCGCAAACGAAGAAAACCGCCUUCAAUUACAACGGAAAGUAAUACAACGUAAGUAGA